AUGGCAAUCGAAAACAGCGAAAACAACAUUCAACGAAUUCCAAAUCCUUCGUCCGUGAAAUUGUCUUCAUCGAUUUCAUCAUCAUCGUCAUCUUCAUCUUUACCGCCGGCAUCUUCACCAGCCUCGAGUGAUGCUGACAACGACAGAGUAAUUAAAACGCGCGACCUGUAUCGCUCUGGGCAUUUGCCGGAUGCCACUUGCGUGAAAAAACUUUGUCCCAGCAACGGAACGGAUGUUACGCUACUCAUUCUGGUCACUUCGGCACCAACACAUCGUGAGCAGCGGCUAGCGAUCCGCCAGUCGUGGGGAUAUUAUGGAAGCAGACGUGAUAUAUCAAUCGGGUUCAUCGUGGGACAGACGGACGAAUCACGGAUCGAAGAUCAGCUAGCCGCCGAAAGCUACAUGUACAGUGAUCUGAUACGUGGCAACUUCAUCGAUAGUUAUAAAAAUCUCACUUUGAAAACCAUUUCACUCCUGGAAUGGACGAAGCUCCACUGCUCCAAUGCCUCAUUUCUGUUGAAAACGGACGAUGACAUGUUCAUCAAUGUGCCGAAGCUCUUGCAGUUCAUGGAAGUGCACAACAAUCAGCGACGAACCAUAUUUGGUAGAUUGGCGAAAAAAUGGAAACCAAUAAGAAACAAGAAGUCCAAGUACUAUGUCAGUCCUGAACAAUACUAUCCGCCAGUGUUUCCCCCUUUCACCACAGGCCCUGCAUAUCUUCUUACAGCGGAUAUCAUCAGCGAGCUGUUCGAAAAGUCUCUCAGCCAAACAUAUUUGAAGCUAGAGGACGUGUACACAACUGGCAUUGUGGCACAGUUGCUUAACAUACGCAGAACGAAUGUGAAGGAGUUUCUCAACCGACGAAUAGCAUUCAAUCAGUGCAGCUGUGACGAUUUUCCCUCACUGUUAUCAUCGAACGCGUCAAUAGCUAUCAUACUAGAUCGAGAAUAUCUUGGCGAGCAAUACGAGCAUACACUGGAUGAGACAAAAACACUCGUUGAAAAGCUGAUUCGCGAAAAUCUGAAAAACGGUGGAUUAAUUGUAAAGUAUUUCUCCUGGGCAAGCAUAAACUUGAAGCGAGAUUUCACCGCAGUAAUAUCUGUGUCGAACUGCGACAACACCUGGGCCAUCUAUCAGGCUGCGGCUCAGGAGCGGUUGGUGAUGCUUAGCAUCACCGAUUCGGAUUGCCCCCGGCUACCUUCGAACAAUGCAAUAAUGAUUCCGCACAGUGACGGGACGGCCAGCGCAUUCGAGGAAAUUUCCCAAAUCAUCCUGGAUAUGAAGAGCUCGCGGGCAAUCGAUUGGCAGACCGCCACGCUGCUGUACGAUCACAUGUUCGAUUAUGACAUCAGUCGCUGUAUAUUGUCCCUGCUAGAGGACCGUGAGGGUAUGCGGUCGUUGUCGCUGACGGAGUUCAAAAUUCACUCUCCAGUGCAAUCGUGGGAAAAGCGGAAGGAAAUUCGGCGAACGUUGCUUGGCAUUCCAACAGCGUACACUGGCAGAAACUUUAUUGCUAUCGUAAGCGUGCCAACACUCACGUUACUAAUGGAAAUCUCGAAGGACUUGAAGCUAGUGAAUCCUUCCUCGCAGUGGCUGUACCUAUUGCCGGUAACCGACGCAAAUGAUGCCAGCUUCACAUCAACCUCGACAAUCAUUAACGAGGGCGAUAAUGUGGCGUUCGUGUACAAUACAGAACACAAGAGUACAAACUGCACCGCGAAUAUACUGUGCUACAUGGAAUCCUUUCUGCUGCACUUCAUACGCAGCUUGUCGAAGUUGAUACGCGAGGAGCAGGUUGUGUUUGGACAAAUUUCGGACGAAGAGUGGGAAAUCAUUCGGCCGAGCAAGGCGGAGAGAAAGAAAAAAAUGCUCCAAAUGAUACAGUCAGCCAUUACGGGCCACGAUGAGUGUAACAGAUGCUCCAAGUGGAAGGUUCAAUCAGCAGAAACUUGGGGCUAUAUCUACAGAACGGACUAUGCCGUAGAAAACACCACAUCACGAGCACGCAAAAAGUAUACCCUGCUAGAUAUCGGUUACUGGUCCCCGCAAGAUGGUUUCGUGCUGCAGGACGCGCUGUUCCCGCACACACGCUACGGAUUCCGCGGUAGCCAGCUACUGUUUUACAGCUAUCAUAAUCCACCCUGGCAAUUUGUCUCCUACAACGAAUCGGGAUCGCCCGUCAUCCGGGGUGGCGUGGUGUUCGAUGUGCUCGCUGAGCUAUCGCGCAAACUGAACUUUACCUACACGCUCCUGAUCGCGCAGGGAGCGGCCGAACAGAACGGGUCACUGGCCGAGGAAAACUCCACGAGAAUUUACGAAACAGGCGGCUCGACGUCGGACAUCCCGCAGGAGAUCUACAGUUCGCUGAUUGACAACAAGAUAUUGCUGGCAGCCAUUGGAAGCACGGUCACGGAGAAGCGAAAGAAGCAGAUCAGCUUUACGGAUCCGAUUAGCAUUCAGACGUACAGCUUUGUCAUAUCGCGACCACGUGAGCUAAGCCGUGUCCUGCUGUUUCUCUCUCCAUUCGGCUCUGAUACGUGGCUGUGUCUGACGGCCGCCGUCGCUCUAAUGGGUCCAAUACUGUGCAUCAUCAAUCGUCUCAGUCCGUACUACCAGGUGCACCGCACACCAUCGACUACGGGACUGGGAAAGGUGAACAACUGCUUUUGGUACAUCUAUGGCGCACUGCUGCAGCAAGGUGGUCUUUACCUACCCUACGCUGAUAGUGGACGAAUCAUUAUCGGUACCUGGUGGCUAGUGGUGCUGGUGAUCGUGACCACUUACUGCGGGAACCUGGUGGCAUUCCUAACCUUCCCAAAGAUCGACAUCCCGGUCAACAGGGUGAUGCAGCUGCUGCGCAACGAGCGCGGCAUGACGUGGAGCAUCCGGAAAGGGACGUUCCUCGAGGAGGUGCUGAUGGAAUCGGACGAGAGUAAAUACAUGGAGCUGUACCGUGGCAGCCAGAUCGUGGGCGAGCUGACGGACGAACUGGUGGGCCGGAUUGAGGCCGGCCAGCACGUCCACAUCGACUGGCGCAACAAUCUCAAGUACCUGAUCAAGGAGCAGUUCCUGGCGACGGAUCGGUGCGAUUUCGCGCUCAGCACCGACGAGUUCCUGGACGAGCAGAUUGCGCUGGUGAUGCCGAAGGACAGCCCGUACCUCGAGCUGGUGAACGAUGAAAUCCGGCGGAUGCACCAGUUCGGCUUUAUCCAGCGCUGGAUCAGCCAGUACCUACCGUCGAAGGACCGGUGCAGUGGCACCAGCAGCAGGGCGAUGGACGUACAGAACCACACCGUCAACAGCUCGGACAUGGCCGGCUCGUACUGGAUCCUGCUGCUCGGUUUCUCCGGUGGGUUGCUGUUUUUCGUGGCCGAGUACGCGCUCCACUGGUACCGGGAGCGCCGGCUCGCGAAGGCCACCGUUGCUAGUUACAGUAGCUAA